UUGCUUUCACAGUCGGCUCAUUCAUUCUCUCAUGUGUCCAGUUAAUUCACUCGUGGGACGUUUGCAUGCAGAGGAAGAAUGUUAGGUAGAGAAAGCAGGGAACUACAAAAAUCAUAAGGGAUUGGAGGAAAUUGAAGGGAUCAGAACUCCGACGUGUUCUUUCUUUCCCAUGUUCAUCAUACCAACGUUUUAAUUUCUUUCGCCGGCGGAUGUGACAAGCAGUCACUUUAAAACUUGUAAAGAGAAAUUCCAACAUGGAACUUUUGGAUCUCUUCGUAGCUGCUUCAAUUCCAGUCCUGAAAGUUCUUUUGAUUACUGCACUCGGGUUGUUUCUCGCGACAGAUUCAGUUGAUAUUUUGGGGGAGGAUGCUAGGAAACAUUUGAAUAAUGUUGUAUUUUUUGUGUUCAAUCCGGCGCUUGUGUCCACCAAACUCGCACAAACAAUAACAUAUGACAGUAUGAUGCAGUUGUGGUUCAUGCCAUUCAAUAUUCUGUUUACAUUUAUGAUUGGUUCGGUGCUUGGAUGGAUCGUUACUCGAUUGACAAGAGCUCCUCAACAUCUGCAAGGCCUCAUUGUGGGCUGUUGUGCUGCAGGAAAUUUGGGGAACAUGCCUCUCAUUAUUAUUCCAGCAGUCUGUAAGGAGAAAGGGAGCCCAUUUGGAGAUCCUGAUAUCUGUCAUACCUAUGGCAUGGCUUAUGUUUCACUUUCAAUGGCUAUAGGGGCCGUUUAUUUGUGGACUUAUGUUUAUAAUAUUGUGCGAAUAUCUUCGACGAGUUCUAAAGAAUACAAAGUAAAUGGAUCAUGUAUCAGUGUUGCUUCUGGUGAAGCCUCAUUAUCACAUCCAGGGAGCUCCACAGAACCUCUCCUUCAUCCCAGAGAAUCCGUAACAACUGAGGAUUAUGCAGAUAAAUUUGCACUGCCCUGCACUACUUCUGGUGGAGAUGCUAAGGUGGCAAUUUCCAAGAAAAUUUGGCAACAUUUGGGGACACUGAUAGGAAAGGUCAACCCAAAGACAUUGUUCGCCCCUUCAACAACUGGAGCAGUUGUUGGCUUUUUGAUUGGACUUGUUCCAUUGCUUCGAAAAUCAAUGAUCGGCGAUGAUGCUCCCCUUCGUGUGAUCCAGGACUCUGCUUCUUUAUUGGGGGAUGGAGCCAUCCCAGUUCUAACCCUGAUCGUGGGAGGAAACCUUCUUAAGGGUUUACGAGGAUCAGGAGUUCAGAAGUCUGUCAUUGUUGGCAUCAUAGUAGCUCGUUAUAUAGCACUUCCCUGUUUGGGCAUUCUCAUUGUUAAAGGGGCAGCUCGGUUUGGUUUGGUGCAUGCAAGUCCGUUGUAUCAAUUUGUUCUCCUACUUCAAUUUUCUCUUCCUCCUGCAAUGAACAUUGGUACCAUUACUCAAUUGUUUGGAGCUGGUGAGAGCGAAUGUUCUGUUAUUAUGUUAUGGACUUAUGCCUUGGCCUCGAUUUCGCUUACUUUUUGGUCAACUUUCUUUAUGUGGCUUGUGUCUUGAAUUUUAACUUUCCACAUGCCAUUCUACUGUCUUUCAUUAUUCACUGUAUUAAUUCAGAUAUUCUUUUCUCCACCCAUUCAAUCUUAAAAUGGAUGAUCUUGGGCAACUGCUUGUUGAAUAGAGUGAGACUAGAAGCGAAUAUACUGUAUCCAGAUUGAAAAUGAAAACAAGUAGUUGUAUGCUGCGCGUUGCGUA